ACAUUUCAUUGGAUAAAAUAACAGCAUGCGCAAGGCUCGCUACCGAUUGCGAUUGAUCACACAGCACAAAGCAUGUUUCAGCUCGUUGGAUAAGUCAUCAAUGUUUUGUUUAAAAACCAACGCAAGGUGGAUCCUUAGAGCAAGUAGGGUGAAGCCGGCAACCUUAGCGGAUGAAAUGUUCCCAAAUGCGAUAAAUGUUUUCUUUUCUACCUGCUCCAAGGCGUUCGAUUCGAUGCAUUCCAUUGGUACUACCAUACUGAGGGCAGUAAAUCCUGAUAAAAAAUUCACUGUAUCCGUAGAAGGCAAUAUAGGAAGUGGGAAGACAGCUUUCUUGGAUUAUUUUACAAAAUAUGAAAAUAUUGAGGUCCAUCAAGAGCCAGUAAAUAAGUGGAGGGACAUUGAAGGACAUAAUGCAUUGAAUUUGAUGUACCAAGACCCCACCAGGUGGAGCCUCACAUUCCAACAUUAUGUCCAACUCACCAUGGCAAAAAUCCACUCCCAAGAACAGGUGAGACCUGUGCGCCUCAUGGAAAGAUCAGUUUACAGUGCAAAGUAUAUAUUUGCUGAAAACCUGUACCAAAGUGGGAAAAUGCCUGAUAUAGAAUAUGUCAUUCUUACUGAAUGGUUCAAUUGGCUUGUUUCCAAAGAAUACUGCCACAUAGAUUUAAUAGUUUAUCUAAGAACAAGGCCAGAAGUUGUUCAUGAACGAGUGAAAAAGAGAUGCAGAAAAGAAGAGAAAGCAAUUCCCUUGGAGUACCUAGAACAUCUAAAUGAGCUAUAUGAAAACUGGCUUAUAAACAAGACAUCUUUUCCUGUGCCUGCCCCUGUCUUGGUUCUUGAUGCAAACAAAGAUCUUUCCAAUAUGUGUGAAAUUUAUGAAGAAAAUAAGAAACAAAUUCUUUGUGGAUAUGGAUGAAGUUCUUUAGGAUAUCGAGAGUUCAUCACCAAAGAGUCUUACAAUCAGUGAAUUGUGCAUUUGUCCAAAGCCAAGUGAGGGACUGUCAGCAUUGUUUACUCAUUUUUAAAGGAGAAAUGAAUACUGUAAUUUUCAAUUCUAAGGAGACUGAGGAAAACAGAUGGUCCAAAUUCAUUCUAUUUCAUCCUCAGUACAAUGGCACGACAUAAAUGCUAUUGACCUAAAACCUCUGCAAGGCAACAGCUCCUUUUUUAUCAUCUGCAAAAACACAUAAAACAAUUACGUGCAAUUUUUAAAAUGUCGGUUUUAACACCUGCCUCUGGUAUAUAUGUUUGAUGUUACAUUUCAUGGAAAUAUGAGAUUGAACUUAAUCAGCUUUAAGACAAAAUCAAUAUCACAAUAUAAGUCAAUGGAGGGAAGAAGACCACAAUUUUAUUAGUAGGGAGAUAUGCAUGUCUCCGUGUUAUUUGAGUUUGAUGAAAGGAUAUUACUUGGUUUUUUGGAGGUAGUUGUAAAGGGUGGAACAAUCAAGAGGCAACUACAAAGAGUGCUUUUAGUGGAAAUCUUGUCUUCAUAUGUCAUAUUUUUGGGUCGGUUCUUAGAGCAAAAUUGAAGUGAUACUGAACAAUUACAAUUUUAUUAAUGGCAUCCAUAUAACCGGUUCUGAAUAUUUUGCAUGUGUCUUCAGACCUGGUAGAUUUAACUAAAUCUUGUAAAAUUUGUCGGAGGUAUUUAAUUUCUCUUUAUGAAACCCACAGCACAAGACGCGUUGGUGUAGAUAACAUGAUAACAACAUGACUGCUUAAUGAUUAGGAGACAUUUGAGAAAGGAGAAUCUCACCACAAAUAUUUUGAACAACACCAGGUGUUAUUUGUUCAAUAAUUAUUUCAAUAAUGAGGGAAUCCUAAAAUCAUCUGAAGGUCACUCGGUGGAAUUUAGUUUCUGCAUGAACCAACAUGAGAAUGUGUACACUUAUCUGCUCAAGAAAGAAAAUUGAGAAUACAAUUUUUUAUGAAAGUGAAAUAUUUCAUGUUUGUAGGUAAAAGUGCAUGGUAAGGGCGUUGUUUCUGUGUUCUAAUAGCAGUACUUGAUGGAGUUGUCUCUCUGAACACAUGCUCUCUCUUCAUGCUGUAGGUCAUUAGGUAGGGUAUCGAAGUUCAGGUCAUUGUGCAAUUAUUUGCUACCCAAAAACAUUUGUGUUCUUGUGAAUAUAGAUGACUGACUGCUAUUUUUUAUUACUUAUGCUUUAUCAAAAGAGGGUAGGAGUCUCAUUGUAUUUUAACAUUAUUUUGUAUUAAGCAAUUGUAGCAAUUUUCAUUGCCGUUUACCA